AUGCAGGAUAAAAAGACUAAAACAACAACUGAGACUAAUCAAUUAAAUCGGGAUAUACUACCGGAUGAUCGUGAGGAAAAUGGUGAAGGUGAAAUGCCAUAUCCCGUUUCGGUAUCUGCUCCGAAACCAGGGCCAAAACUAGAUGCGACACCAAAUGCAAAAUCAACACAAAAGCGUCAAACACGUGAGCAACUGCAGCAUCCAGUACCUCCGCCAUAUUGGUAUUAUCAUCAAAAUGAACAACAGCAACCGCAACAAUACCAGCAUCAUCAUCACCCUGCGUGCGCUUCGCUAAUUGCUAAACAUAGUACUUCAACAAAGUUAUCGACAGAUCAAACACAACCAACUAUUUAUGGAUCUGAGUUUUUAGCAGCAAACUAUCCUCAUAUAUCUACUAAGGUUUUGAAACCACCUGGCAGUAGUAAAUCCGAGCACAGGGUCACAUCCACAAAAAAGAGAGUUACCUCCAAAUCUUCAGCCUUACUAACUGAUCAAGUUAAGUCUACAGCUCAACGUGACUAUACUGAAGAUAAGAAAGAAAGUAAAGACAAAGUGGUUAAACAGUUAAAGAAGCUGCGGGAUAAACCUAGUUCAGAUGACACGGAGACAGCUGGUGUGGAUCCGAAUCAGACUUUUGAACAACUGAAGGAGGACUUGAGGUCUGCUGGAUUCAGUGUGGAUGCAAGUCGUUCACAUACGAUCGCCUCAAGUAUUAAUGUGAAAGAAUUCAAAAAGGUUGUGGACAAAUCCCAACCAGAGAGUAGAAGUAAACGAUAUGAUAUUACUAGUGACCAAGUGAAACCUCAUACUGAAAUGAUGACUAGUACUUCCAUCGUAACCAUUACACCCACCACUUCUCAUUCAAUAACUUCAAAUAAACCGACAAAAUCAAGUUCAAUGGAGGAACCGAAACCAGUCAGUCGUAAAGGAAACAUGGGCAUUUCUGACCUUAUUCCAGUAUUCGAUUCGACUCCAGGUGAACCAGCACAUAAUCCCAUUUAUUUAGAUUCUGAGUCAGAAGAAGAACCAAUCACAGACACAAAAGUUAUGAAAACAGCGAAAACUGUUGAGAAGUCAAGUAAAGUUGAAUCAAAAGUAUGCAAGAAGCAGGUGGAGGAAUGGAUGGAGAAAAAUCAAGCAGUGUAUACCAAGGAAAAGGUAGCCAAAGAUACAGAUAUUCAAGUAUUACAGAAGGAAGAUAACGAUCCUGUAGAAAUAAACAAUGAAGUUGGUUUACAUCCACUAAAGAAUGUUGGUAUGACGUCAGUUUUACCGACAGACCAUUCUCAAACUAAUCUAAGUCAGCGUUCUCUUAGAUCUCAUUCCCCAUCACUACCUCUUUCAUGUCAUUCAAUUGAACCUGGAAGUACAGAUGUUUCUCUUAGUUCUAACCUAUCAACCUCUGCAAGUUCAUAUUCAAUGCUUUCUGGUUGUGAAUACACUCCAAGUGGUGGAUGCUCGUGUGAACGUGUUCAUAAACAUGGUUGUGAUAAUUAUUCUUUGUCAUCUUAUUCUUCUACAUCUUAUUAUCAUUCAGACGAAUUCAGUGAAGAUAAAAAUGUGUCGACAAGUUCAAGUAGUAGAUCAAUGGAGAAAAUUUCACUGGAAGAGAGUGUUCUGUUAAAAUCUAAUCUCAAUUACUCAUCAUCAUUGAUAUCAGAUGAGAAGCUCUCAGAGGUUAAAAAUUCACAAAAGGAACUAUUGUCUAGCCUUAAAUCACAAGAACGUAGAUUAAAACAAGAACUAGCUAAACAUCGUGCAUUAACCGAGAAAUUGGAAAGAAUUAAGCGUUAUAAUGAAAAGCUUUUAAAUAUGGACAAAGUUAGUUUAUCGAAUCCAAUUCUAAUUGCUACUAAGUCAAGUGAAUAUCACACAGUUUUUGAAGGUGAUGAUACAACAAAGAACACUGGGGACGACAAUGCGAUACAUUUAGAACCACUAGGUGCAAAUCUUAAUGAUAAGAUACCCCAGUCGAAUGAGGAGAAACUGAAGGAAGAUAAACAGGAUGGUAAGAAGAUACCACAUCGUCAACGCCACCAUGGAACACUUUCUAGGUCGUCAUCGCAUAAAAAGUCAAGGUCUCGAUCUGGCCAUAGUAGCAGUACUAGUAGACGUCGAUUGCAAACAAAGACAAAGCAUAGUCAAGAACAGAAAAGCGCGGAUAAAGAAGACAUACGAUAUCUUCAACCAAAACUGGAUGGGACGAACAAACAAAAUCAAAGUAAAGAAACUGCAGAAUCAGUACCUGAUGGAGAGUUUACCGAAGCAAACGUAUCUCACAAAACACAGGGAAAGAAAGACGUAUUGGAUUCAGAAAAGCAAAAGCAUAACUCAAAACGCGGAACACGAUAUGGACAUUAUCAUGAACAUCAUCGAAACAGACAACACAGUAAUCAUCGUCAUUCAAAUGAAACUAGAACCAUUGUUAAUAACUCUAGUAAACAACGUGAAGACAAUCAGAAAUCAAGUCAGUCAGAUGGUGAAAAAUCCAAGAAUUUUCCUAAAACGGAACAAGAAAAUACAGAAGACAACUUGUUUAUCAUUACCAAUAAGGGUGCAUUCACUUAUCAAGAUGAUGAACAAUCUCCAUCGCAUAAACAAACAGAUAUUGCUAGUCUACCAAUAAUCCCAACUACCUCUUCAGCUCCAACUGCCGAAAGUGAGUCACAAAACUACCCACUCACGCAUGCGCCCUAUUCGCACACACCAGAAACAAAUAUAAUCAAGUGUGAUUUAGAAGUAAUAAAUGAAAAACAGGAUGAUGAACAAAAUUGCCUUUCUGAAGACACAUCGAAAGAAGAGCAAAAACAAUCUACUGAAAGGAAACAGAGCUCUAGUCAUUAUGAAAACAUUUGCCUUGAUACGAUUGCUACAAAGCAAACGGAAAAAAUUGAGCCAACUCAGCCUUCAAAUGAACAGUUAGUUGAAGCACUACCGAUCUCACCGACCUGUCCACCCCCCAUUCCCUAUACAAUUCUACCAGUCAGUAAGCAUAAUGAUGAACCAGGUGAUAUGAUGAUCAAAGAAGCAAUGGAUUUACUGGAUGAAGCCGUUGCUGAAACCUCUCAUCUUGACAGUGAUUACGGGAAAAGUCGAUUACUUUCUUCUGUUAACCAAUGUCUUGAAUACGGCUCAUCAGAACAAGUAAUGCUUGACGAUGAUAGUGAAUACAAUGGAACUAGAAUUUCAGAUAUACUUGAAUGCCAGUCCGACUGCAUCACGACUGCUGAUACUGAGACGCAUGAUACAUCUAAACAAACUGUCGGAGAAUCAUACAAAAUCAAAGACAGUGAUAGACCAUGCUCACCUUGUGAAUCCACGACGUCUGCAAGUGAAGGUAGCGAAGACAUUGAACCAUUUCCACCUCCACCAUCAGCUGAAGUCUUAGCUGAAGUAAUUGAAGAAGAAGUUGGACCUAAUGCAGAAGUUGUCGAUGAAGAAGAAGAAAAUGACGAUGAUGAUGAUGAUGAAGACGAUGAUGAUGAGGAAGACAGACAGAAAUCAAGUUCUGUUUCUACGGUUAUCGAAGUCAUACAACCCAUUUCUACAGUGGUAAGUGUUGACAAUCAGGAGAACGUUGAGAAUAAAACAGAUGUCUCCGAGGAACAAGUCAAGAAGUUAUCCUCCGAUGAUGAUGAUAUAACGAUAGCUGAAACUAUAGAGAAGAAAGAACCAACAGAAACUGGUGCGGAAUUAUCUACUGGGACAAAUGAAGCUAACGAUUGUAAAACCAAAUAUAAACAGAAGCAAGAUCUUCCGAAAUUAGCUAAUAUUCAUCAAAAGAAAGUAUUUAUGAUUUAUUGA